AUGUCCGCACCUUCGCCUUCCGCCCCCGGCUACCUCUGGGUUCUCAGCGACCCUGGCGAGCAGGCUACGCUAGAGGAAUUCCAAGACUGGUACGACAACGAGCAUGUGCCGCUUCGCAUGGAGCACAUCCCCGAGUUCGAGACCGGCGCCCGCUAUGAAGCCGCCGACGGCCAAACCCCAGGCUGGUCCGCCGCCUACGACAUCCGAUCCGUCGCCCUCUUCUCCGACAACAAGUACACCCGCCUUCGCGCGAACCGUUCUCCUCGCGAGGGAGCGCUCGUCGCUCGACUUGGUGUGCUCGACCGCCGCACGGCCGAGAAGUUGGGCGAGACGAGUCCCCCUCCGGCUGCGAGCGAGGCGCCGAAGUUUGUGUUGACGGCUGCAUCGGAGGAGAGGCCGGACGAGAGCGAGUUGAGGCUGUUUGAGGGACAGGAGGGGUGGAGGAGGAGUCACUAUCACCGCGUGUACGACUCGCUCAUCAUUGGGUACGGCAAGGAGGCGAAGAGCAACGUCGCGCCCAAGUUUGUCGUAAUCCACGAAUUCGACACCGAAGCCUACACCUCGUCGCCCGCCUACGCCAAGGCUACGGAGGGCAAGACCGAGGUUCGCCGGUGGAAGUUGUACAAGGCCACGCCUAACACGGCGCCGAAGGAUGCGUGA